UCUUAUUCUCAGUAGUUUGAAGCCCAAAGUAACAAGAAAUCAACCCAAUCCCCUGCACAUAUUAGAAGAAAUUAAGGGCACUUGGUUUUCCAAUCAAAGGGGGCAAGACACGGCUUACAAAUUGACAUUUUUGUCCAUGCUCAAGCAUUUCUAAAUACAUGAAAUGAAGGCCAAUUCCAAAUUUCCCACCUAAAAUGCAGUGCCCGUCAAUGAAAUAAUAAUAUAUUUUUUUUUUAAUAAACAAGGUAUUUGAUGGUGGUUGAAGAACUGCAGCAAUAGUAAAUUAGGGCACACAGAUACAUAAAAGAAGGAAGGGUAUUCAAGCGCCAUAAUUAAUUUGACUCUGGAGAAUGUUGCCUUACAAGUUUAAACAGCUCAAAAUUUUGCUUCAUCAAGACACGCUACUGAAGCUUAGUUGGAACCACUGCUAUUUUCUCUGUGCAGAAAUAUGGCAAAUAAAGGGAAUUCUUAGCACAAUUAGUUCUGUUUCGGCUAAGGUUUUCUGUAGAUUUCUUCAGGUGUAACCUGUGCUGUUAUUUUAUUCUUAAAUUUGGAUUAUCAGUUCCCUUCUGAAGUUUCUAACUUUCUUCAAUCUAUGUGACUAUUUCAAUUGUCCAGGCUGGGAUUUUUCUGGUACAAAGAAACAUGCUUUCUUAUGCUAGCCAAAAAUUAUAAACAUUUUUUUUGGCAAUCCAUUUGGACAUAGCAAACACGUUUGGUCUUAAAUCAACAAGUUCGUCAAUGGCUUAGUUAAUCAUAUAUACAAGUUUUGAUUUGACUGAUGUUGACAUUUUUUAUAUCUAUAAAUUGGAGUCAUUCGAGCUCAAGAGCAGCAGAUAUCUUCAUACAGUAGAGCACUAACAAUUUAUUGUACUUAGAAGUUCAAGCUGCAGAAAAAAGAUGCGAUUUUCAAGUUGUUUGGUGGCUUCAGUUGUGUAUCUUCUCAUGGAGGUUUAUGUGGUUAAUGGGCAGCCUCUGGUUCCAGCAAUGUUCAUAUUUGGGGACUCUGUUGUUGAUGCAGGAAACAACAACCACAUUAAAACUAUCGUAAAAGCAAACUUUCCUCCUUAUGGCAGAGACUUUCUCAAUCACACUCCAACUGGCAGGUUCUGCAAUGGCAAACUAGCCGCAGACUUCACAGCUGAGAAUAUAGGCUUCACUUCCUAUCCACCAGCCUAUCUUAGUAAUGAAGCCAGAGGAAACAACCUCUUGAUCGGUGCCAAUUUCGCUUCUGCUGCAUCUGGUUACUACGAAGCUACGGCAAAGAUAUAUCACACAAUCCCAUUGAGUCAGCAGCUGAAAUACUUCAAAGAGUAUCAGGCAAAAUUAGUGAAAAUUGUAGGACAAUCCAAUGCUUCAUCAAUUAUAAAUGGAUCAGUUUACCUUGUCAAUUCCGGGAGCAGCGACUUCGUUCAGAAUUACUACAUUAAUCCUCUUCUUUACAAGGUCUACACAGUCAAAGAAUUCUCGGACAUUGUUAUAAAAUCCUAUGCAACCUUCAUUGAGGAACUGUAUGAUCUAGGAGCAAGGAGGAUUGGAGUGACAACAUUGCCACCACUGGGAUGCCUGCCGGCUACAAUAACAAUUUUUGGCUCUGAUAUCAAUGAAUGCGUUAAAAAGAUGAAUGAGGAUGCAGUUUCAUUCAACAACAAGCUAAAUGACACUUCUUUAAUCCUGCAAAACAAGCUUUCUGGCCUCAAUCUAGUAGUCUUGGACAUCUAUCAACCUCUCUAUGACCUUGUCACUAAGCCUUCUGAUAAUGGGUUUGCCGAGGCGAGGAAGGCUUGUUGCGGAACUGGGUUGCUGGAAACAUCAAUUUUAUGUAACAAGAAAUCAGUGGGAACAUGUGCAAAUGCAACUGAAUAUGUGUUUUGGGAUGGCUUUCAUCCUUCUGAAUCUGCAAACAAAGUUAUAUCAGAUAGUCUCCUGGCUAGCGGCAUCUCCUUGGUUUCCUAAAUACACAUUUCAAUUUGCAUUUUAAUCUGUAAUCUCCAGUUUCAGAAUUUGUUUGUGUGUUCUAUGUUAGACGUUGUGGUUGAGUUGUGACUUUAUGAAUGAAAAGGCUUUUAAUCUAAAGCUUGUAUUGUAAUUUUUUCUAUUAAUAAAAAACUUCUACCAUCUAUUUUCUAUA